AUGCGCUCCAGAGAGGGAGCUGACUCUCGCCAUGACAGCAGGAAGAGUCCUUCAGGAGAACCAGACCCAGAGACACCCAAACCACCGAGACGACACCACUGUUCUCAGUGUGGAAAGAGUUUUGCCAAGUUAGGGAGCCUGAAAAAACAUGAGAGAACACACACAGGAGAAAAGCCUCACCACUGUGCCCAAUGUGGAAAAAGUUUUAUUUGGUUAUGUGACCUGAAAAGGCAUGAGAGGACACACACAGGAGAAAAACCUUUUCAAUGUUCCCACUGUGGAAAGCGUUUUACCCAGGUAGGGGCCCUAAAUAAGCACAAGAGGACACACACAGGAGAGAAGCCCUUCCAAUGCUCUCUGUGUGGAAAGAGUUAUACUAAGUUAGGGGGCCUGUAUAGGCAUGACAGGGCACACACAGAAGGGGCUAAGUUAACCUACCACUGCUCCCUGUGUGGAAAUAUAUUUAGCCGGUUACGGUAUCUGAAUAAGCAUGAAAGGAUACAUACACAGGAGGAGAAGACAUACCACUGCUCUCAUUGUGAAAAUACAUUUUCCCGGUUAGAGGACCUGAAAUCACAUGAGAGACUAGAAAGGCUGUGUUCAGACUUAUGUUUUUGACUUGAGAAUGUGUUUUUGUUUAUGCCUUAUGAAAUCAAAUUGUAUAUUUGAAAGCUUGCUUGAAAAUAGGCUUCUUUUUGUAUUGUUUUGGACAUGAUUAUAUAUAAAUUCAGAUGUAUUAAUUUUGUAUUAUGAUAUAUUGAAUACAAGAAUAAACCCCUUAGAUGUUCAUUUCAUGAUUUGGAUAUUUUAAAAUGUAAAUUAUUUAAGUAACAACUUGCACAGGGCUUGGCUAUUCUAAGCCAGAAGGCUGAUAGGCUCCUUUUCCUAUCUCCUAUUUCUGUAGGUUGAGGCAGCUUGAUGUAAAAGUACACCCCCUGGACAGGAUGUUAGUUUAUACAAUUAUUAUAUAGAUUAAUGGUAUUUUGCUUUUAUUCAUUCUAAUCUUGAAAACCUCUUGAAUUGAAAAUAUGAUUUGGAUAUUGCUAAAUGAAUUUGAUUGGAUAAAUUGUUUGGAUGUUGAAAAAUGUAUUUGAUAAUGAUUUGGAUAUUUCUAAAUCUAAAUGGUUAAAUCAAUGAAUAGUGUGCAUUUCUUGUCAAUGUAUUUUAUUGAGUUAAUUUGUGUAUUAGUCAUCAAGCUAAAGGUGUAUGAAAAUGUGAUGUUGUUCUGAGAACAUUGAUAAGUUGUUGAAAUGAAUGUUCCCAUCAGUAUUAUUAUACCAUGUCAGAAAAUUCUCACUCAUUUAAAGUCUGCACUAAUCAA